AUGUUCCGCUCCCAGUACGACACGGACGUGACGGUGUGGAGCCCCCAGGGUCGCCUCCUCCAGGUCGAGUACGCCAUGGAGGCCGUCAAGCAGGGGUCCGCGUGCCUCGGCAUCGUCGGCGAGGGCUGCGUCGUGCUGGCCGCCCUCAAGCGC